AUUCAUAUUUCCAAAAUCUUAAAACAUUUUUACCAUAAUGGGAAGAUCACCAAUGGUUCCCAUGGCUGUUCUUGUUUAUGUUUCUCUACUGUUCUCUGUUUCUUAUUCCUCAACGUUCGUCAUCACAAAUAACUGUCCUUUUACUAUAUGGCCCGGAACUCUUGCAGGCUCUGGCACCCAGCCAUUACCCACCACAGGGUUCAGGCUUGAUGUGGGACAGUCUGUUAGGAUUCCCUCGGCUCUAGGCUGGUCAGGCCGUAUUUGGGCUAGGACUGGCUGCAACUUUGAUGCUAACGGCGCGGGAAAAUGUAUGACUGGAGACUGUGGCGGGAAGCUUGAGUGCGCCGGUAAUGGCGCUGCUCCGCCGACAUCACUUUUCGAGAUCACGCUCGGUCAUGGUGCUGAUGACAAAGAUUUCUACGAUGUGAGUCUGGUUGAUGGGUAUAACCUUCCCAUAGUUGCUCUUCCGACCGGUGGUGGACUGAUUGGAGCUUGUAAUGCUACAGGAUGUGUUGCUGAUAUCAACAUAAGCUGUCCAAAGGAGCUUCAAGUGGUAGGAGAGGCAGAGAGAGGAGUUGUUGCAUGCAAGAGCGCUUGUGAGGCCUUUGGGUUGGACCAGUACUGUUGCAGCGGUCAGUUUGCUAACCCGACCACAUGCCGACCGUCUUUUUACUCUUCCAUCUUCAAGAGAGCUUGUCCCAGAGCUUAUAGCUAUGCAUUUGAUGAUGGAACCAGUACUUUCACUUGCAAGGCUUCUCAAUAUGCCAUUAUCUUCUGCCCUGUCAGGGUAAAAAGACCGGACAGUCAGAGCUCGGAUCCUCCCAGCCCACCUCAGAAUCAGUUCGGGCAACCUAUGGCUCCUCCACCUCAGAAUCAGUACGGUCAGCCUAUGGCUCCACCGACUCAAAAUCCGUAUGGUCAACCUAUGGCUCCUCCCACUCAGAAUCAAUACAAUCAACCUUUGGCUCCACCGACUCAGAAUCAGUACGGUCCACCUAUGGCUCCUCUCACUCAGAACCCACCUGGACCAAACGGGGAAUCAAUGGCUCCCCCACCUCAGAAUCAAAACGGGAAUGGGCAGUUCAUGCCUCCUCCCACUGUGAACCAAGUUCCAAACGACCAGUAUAUGAAUCCCCCAAUUCAGGAUCAGAGUCAAUCCUCAUCCAAUAUUCUUCGACCUUACCCUGUCUUCUUGCUUCUUGGCUUCAGUCUAACUGCUUUGAGACAAUCAGGCACGACAUGAAUCAUCAUCAUUCUUCCUUUUUAUCGAGAAUUGAUACAUAACUGUGUGGAGGAAUCAGACAGACCACGUUUAAUGUCUUCUCAGAGAUUUUAUAGUCCAUUCACCAAAGUCCUUAGAUUUACCUUGAAUUGUUUGAAUUGACAUGUAAAAACUCUAUCUCAUGUGUAUAUAAUGUUGUCUCAACUGAAUAAAUGAAAUGUUACGUU